AUGGUUGGGAAUUACAUCUACCACGUCUGGUGCUUUGCGCAAGAUAACUGGGUGCAGCAGGCGCCGAGCCCAGCACCCUCGCCCUCCUUCAUCGCGCCCACCGUGCCGAACCAGGUGGAUCAGGUCCAUAUGACCGCCGUGAACUUGGCCAUCGGCCAGGUCACAACCUUUGAUCAGACGCCACCAACCUUCCAAGUGGGGACGGUCAGCUCGGCGGUGUCGGAGACUUCGUUGCAGAUCACGUUGACGCUGGACGAGCCAGGCACCAUUUGGUGCCAGCCGGUGCGGACCGGCUUCGCGGAGCCCAGCAUCAACGAGAUCCUCCAGAACAACGAGUACAGCGAUGCCUGUGGCACAUCGAGCUGUGUGGUCACCAUGACCGGCUUGUACGCCAAGACCGUGUACGACAUCUGGUGCUAUGCGGAAGACGACAACGUUUAUCCCCAGAUCCCCAACGGUCAGAAGUUCACCUCGGGCGAGGUAGAGACCCUCAGCACCUUGGACACGACACCGCCAAUCUUGACCAUCGUCUCGGCCGAGAGCCCCACAAGCUCAGACAUCCGCAUCAAGGUCAAGCUGGACGAGCCUGGAACUGUUUGGUGUAACAGCUUCCAGGCUGGUACUGCCUAUGGCAGUCCCAACUUUGCCGCCGUCUCGGGCGGCGGCUUUCGAAGCUACGUGGGCUUCCCUGGCCUGUCGCCCAACAGCCCCAUCAACACCAACGUGGAAGUCAUCGUUUCAGGGCUGGAUGAGUUCACCCUCUACGACACGUACUGUGCUGCGGAGGGCGCUUCCACCUUGCCUUCGGUGAACCAGAUGCUCGCGGCUGAUAUCCUCCUGACCGCCCCAGCAGUCGGUCAGAUCACCACCUUGGAUCAAUCCCCACCCGUCUUUACCGAGCUGGGUGCCAGUGGUAUCACUGAGACCACGAUCCAAGUGACCUUCAAGUGCAACGAGGUGUUUCUGCCGACGCGCUGGUCUCCGCGCGGUCGUCAGAGGCAGAACUUUCCAUGUUUCUUUCGACACGAGUGUGAAGAGUUGAUCCAUGGCUCCUGGACUUUUUGGCCACCGUCCAUGGCGGAUGUAGCGGCUGGAGGGCGCUGGGCAUUGUGGCUGGCGAGCUGGUGGGGACUGAAAGGGCUCCUUUGGGACACUCGGAGGCUCGGGGAGGCUGGAGAGGCUUUCAGUGGAGCAACGUGGGAUCCGGAGUUCGACCCAAGCAUCUAUGUCUUAUGCCUGAGCCUCGCCACGCAUGUGCGUGUGCCGCCACCCUUCGGCCAAGUGCCGCCCUUGCUGGACGUGUUCAUCGUGUAUUUCCAGUGCUUCAGUCCCUUCUGUAGCCUGCUCUUUGGUACCUUGGCCCUCUGCUACCGUUCUCCCACCUGGCUCCUGAGUAGCGCCUCCUGCGCCUGGGCCGCCUUUGGUCGACCCUGCUGGCCGCGGAGAGGCGCGCAGCGGCCGGCGCGGCCCUGGUUGACCAUGCUGCAUCCCUAUUUCUACUGGUUUUACCGUCGAGUUCCAGGCUACGGAGGCGGUGAGGUGCACAUCGAACGCUUGUGGCCUUCGGGCUUAGAGGCGCCCAUCGAUGUGUGGUACGAAGCAGGAGCUUCCAGUCCUUCGCGUUCUCAGCCUCUCCGGCCCAUUCUGCUGAACCUCCACGGGGGCGCUUGGCGCGGCGGCGAGGCACGGAUCAGCCCGCAGUCGCCCAUCUGGCAGACCCUGGCCGCGCAAGGCUUCCUGAUCGUCUCUUGCGAAUACCGUCGCCGGCGGGGUGCUCAAUGGCCUGUUCAGCUGAACGACUGCCGCGCGGCGCUCAUGUGGCUGGUGCGCGAAGGCGCGGCGCAGUUCCACGGCGACCUGGAGGACCUGACCAUCGCGGGCGCCUCGGCGGGCGGACAUCUGGUGGCGCUGCUGCUGGCGGAGGCGGUGAAGAAGCAGCUGCCGCUGCCAGUGACCUUCCGCGCGGCGCUGCUCUUCUAUCCGGCGCUGGACCCGGCGGACCGCUGCCGCUCCACGGUCCGUUUGCCCUUUUCUUGCUCUCUUUUGGGCGUGCGAUACCAGAUGAGCGCGCUGGAAUGGUUCUUCGAGUUCUUCGUCUUGAAAUCCCAACGCCACUGCUGGAGCUCCGCCGAGCCUCUGAAGCAGCUCCAGGAGCUGCGGAAGGAGCAAGCCGCGGCAUGGCCUCCGACCCUGGUGGUGCAUGGGGAGAGGGAUGGAGUGGUGCCUGUGGAGCAUAGCCGAGAGUUCCUGAAGACGCUGGCAGAGCUCAGUGAGGAAGGCGGCGUGGGACUGCGAAGCUGCGAUCAGCUGCUGGAAAUCCCUGGUGGGCGCCACACCUUCGAGAUCGUCUACUGCGACCUUUCGGCGCUUUGGCGGGAGCACGGCGCCUGUCGCUCCUACUGCCGCGUGACCCGGAGCGACUCCGGGGAGUCCAGCUUGAGCAUCAACCGCAUCUUGAAGGCCGACUACUAUGCGGACCAGUUGGGAGAUACCUUCACCUCGGCGACCAUCGACCUCUCUCGCUUGGAGAACGACGCGAGCCUGGCGGAGUUGGAGCGAGGGACGCUCUACGACGUCUACUGUUGGAGUCGAGACGAGGCCGUGCAGCACUCCUGCUACGCUGCGGCUCCCAGUGCUACAUGCUCCAGCACCUACCCACGGAACAACUACCAGGCUCAGAGCUAUGUCGACACCGCCUUUGGCGGCACACCGCCCGGUACGGUGACCAACGCCGGCGGAUUGCCCGGCGGGAAGAUUCUGCAUGUCCGCACACCGGACACCACGGCGCCGGUGAUCGUCUUCGUGGAAGCGGAGUCGACGGAAGAGUCCUCCAUCACCGUGACCUUGCAGCUGGAUGAGCCGGGCACCGCGUACUGCAAGGCCUACAGCAGUCUCCAGACCAUCGCCGCCGCCCUUUACACCGACCUCACCACUACGCCCAUCUACUCCAACACCGUCAGCAACUGGAACAACAUCUACAAGAACUUCGACAUCAAAGUGUCAGGCCUCACCAUGGAGACCAAGUACUAUGUUUACUGUGCCGCGGAGGACGACGAGUUGGCCGAGGGCGCAGCCACCAUCUCGCCGGCACCGACCCAGAACAAUCAAGCCUCGCCCAUCCUGACAGAGUCCACAGGUCGAUUCACCUUGGACCUGACGCCCCCGGUGAUCACGGUGGUAUCCAUUGCCUCCAUGAGCGAGAACACGGCCACCGUGACCUUGCAAUUGGAUGAGCCUGGCACGGCCUGGUGUAGCGCGGUAAGGGAUCAGGCCACGCCGCCCAGCAUCAACCAGAUCAUCGCAGCGAGCUUCUCCAACACAGUGAGCACCGCCACGACGGACUUCACGGUGCAAGUGCAGAACCUGCAACGGGAUACCGAGUGCCCCUGCAACGGGUCUGUGUCGGCUUUAGCCAUCACCUUGCGUGAGAUACGAGGAUACGACUCCAUGGAUGCGCUGGACAUCUUGAUCUCCCACUUCACGGGCAAUCCGCACCGAAAGAAGGCCAGACAACUAGCUCCUGAUGAUGAAUGGCAGGAGUUCAUCUCCCGCGGCGAUGAGAAAAGAGUUUGGCUCAACCAUCGCACGGGCGAAGUCUGGAAGGGCCGUCAGUGCCGAUACCGGCCAUCGGACUGGGAGAGCGGCAUGAGGACGCUCAAUUGGUGGCUCUGGCAAAAGACUUUGAACAUGCGGGAGCAAAGAGAAGACAAGCCUUUGACGCAAUUCCAAGGGCCAUGGGACAAGGGCGACGGCUCCGCAGAUGAGGUCGAUACAAGUCCACUGGCUUACGAUGAGCCCGACGACCCGGCCGCAUGGAAGGGUGGCUCGUUGAAGCAACGAGUCGUUGAUCUCAAGCAUGAUCUCUGGGAGGAGAUGGUGGCCAAUGACGAAGAAUCCCGGGACCUGACAAACUCAGACCUCUUCGACUGGAGAACAUAUCUGAAGCAGCUCCAGAAGAUGCCACCGGACCUGGCAGAUGAAGCAAAGUCCUUCAAAGCAGAGAUUCAUAGGACAGCCUGGUGCAGCUGGACCAACCGGCCGCAGUUCCAUUUCGCCGUGGAAACGAACCGCUUCCGAAUCCUUGUGAACCAGCCGAGGGGGAGGUCAGGCACUCUAAUCUACUAUGAUCAUCGGAGGAAUUUUCUCGCUAUCGGGGAAAGACCCGAUGGACGUCGGAUUGAGCCCACUCCGAAGGAGCAGGAUGUUUGCGCAGCUUUCGGAGGAAACUGCUUCUUCAUGCGGAAGUUGAAGAACAAACUCCUGGAUGGCUCCAAAUGCCAAGAGCUCUCCUACAGAAACCUAGUCAGAAGGUUCCUGCGUUUGGACGCCGAUUCAGACCUCCUUGAACACGCUCGUGACAAUGAUCUGUUGGAAUUCGACGAGGCGAGAUUGAUCUGGAGGCUUUCUCAAGACGAGAUGGAGAAGGAUUGGAGGCUCUUCUUGCAAAGUCAAGGGCAGAAACUGGCUCCCUGGCGUCUUGACGACGCCUUUUGGAACUUCGACCAGGAAAUGAAUCGGCAAACUCUUCACGAAGACAUCAGUCUUGCAGUGGAGCAGUUUUCGAAGCAGCAAGACCACCAGCGCUGGCAAGAGUGCUGCCGGCAGAUCAAUCGAUGUGAUAGGUGUCGACGGGACUUCUAUCGCGUCUUGGAAGCUGAAACGCACAAAGACGCAUUCAGAGAGGUCCAAUGGCAUUUUUGGCACGGCGCCAGCAUGCUCAAGGUUUCAGAGAUUUACUAUACACACGACACCAUCAACAGUCGUUUUAAGGAUCAUCGAUGGACGCUAGAAGAUACAGUUCAUCAGCUCCAGACGCACCAAGUGCGCGUUCAGGACAUUCCAGCCCUUCAAGUGAUGUACUACCAUGGGCGGUAUUUCUCGAUCGACAACCGCAGAUUGUGGUGCUUCAAGAAAUUCGCCGAGUGGAGCGGCGCGGAGCUCUGGAUCCCGGUGCAGGUCCACUGCAUCGCGGGUCCUGGAAAGAUCUUGCAGAGUGGGCCAAAGCAUCGUAACUUUUUAAUGAAGUUCUUCGAUGCAUUCUCCACAAGGUGCAAUGGGGAGUAUGUCGAGUUUUUCUCUCGACGCCGAACCUGA